AUGGCGCUCAUCAAAUACUUCUUGUUCCAAUGGGCACUGCUGGCCUCUGUCGCCUUUAGUGUUCCAGCUACCGGAACUCAAUACGCCCUGCAGGCUGAGGCUGGCGGUGCUGGCAGCCGUGGACAGCAGCAGCCCGCCACUCAACGCAAGCUGCGCGGCAGGUUCCUGCAUAUCACAGAUCUGCACCCCGACGAAUACUACAAAGCCCACACGUCGACCGAAGCGGACACGGCAUGCCACCGAGGCCGUGGCCCUGCUGGCGCAUAUGGUGCCGAAACGUCGGAUUGCGAUUCUCCCCUGGCUCUUGUCAAUGCGACCUUGGAUUGGAUAAGCGCCAACCUCAUAGACUCGAUUGACUUUGUCGUCUGGACUGGCGAUUCAGCCCGCCACGACAGCGAUGAAGAAAUACCCCGCCACAACAAGGAUAUUCUGGCCAUGAACCGCAGAACCGCUGAUGCAUUCCAGGAUACCUUCUCCGACGAGAAGGGCUUGGUGGUUCCUGUUGUCCCGACUUUUGGAAACAAUGACAUAUAUCCACACAAUAUUCUGAUGCCGGGGCCCAACGACAUCCUCAAAACCUAUACCGAUAUCUGGAGAAGCUUCAUCCCCGAGGCACAGCGUCACUCGUUCGAGUUCGGAGGGUGGUUUUAUACAGAAGUCAUUCCGGGCAAACUCGCCGUGUUCAGUCUCAAUACCAUGUACUUCUUUGAUCGCAAUGCCGGUAUCGAUGACUGCGUGCACCCCUCCGAGCCUGGGUACAAACAUUUCGAAUGGUUACGCGUUCAACUCCAAUCCAUGCGGACCCGUGGUAUGAAAGCGAUUCUGAUGGGGCAUGUUCCCCCAGCUCGAACAUCUGCCAAACAAUUGUGGGACGAGACGUGUUGGCAGAAAUAUACCCUUUGGCUGGAGAAGUUUCGGGAUGUGGUCGUCGGUUCCUUGUAUGGCCAUAUGAACAUUGACCACUUCCUGCUCCAAGACACCAAAGAAAUUGAUCUCGCAAUCGUGGAAGGGCUUCGCAAAAAGAACGUCGUUAGUCGCGAAACUAUGGACGAUGACAUCUCCAUACAGUCGAGCACUGACUACCUCAAGGAGCUACGAGAUGACUGGGCUAGACUGCCCGAUCCCACCAUUUUGGAGCAAGACGUGGAAGAGGCCGGUAAGAAGAAACACAAGAAGAAGAAGGGGAAGAAGGGGAAGAAGAAGCUCGGCGGGCCCUGGGCUGAGCGCUAUCAGUUGACCCUCAUCAGCCCCAGUAUUGUCCCGAACUAUUUUCCCACUCUCCGGGUUAUAGAGUACAACAUCACUGGCUUGGAAGAUGCUCCAUCAUGGGUUGACACUAUGAGAGCCCUGGACGCCCUUUCGAAUCGUCCUGCUCCCGAACCAGAGCUUCAUGAAUUGGAGUUACGACAGGAGCCUAGCUUCGAGAUUGGCAAGAGGAAGAAGAAGAAGGGGAAGAAACCAAAACACCCCAAUCUGCCUAUUCCCAACGCCCCAGAGAAAGGGGCUCCACCAGGUCCGGCCUAUGCGCCCCAACCUUUGACUUUCACGGGCUUCACACAAUACUAUGCGAAUCUGACCUACAUCAACAACGACAUCACCACCGAAAGCAUGGAGAAUGAUGAGAUGUCAUUGUCAGGCUGGAACCCUGGAAAACACAAGGACAAGACUCCCAAGCACAAGAAGCCGCAGCCGAAGAAAUUCGCCUUCGAAGUCGAGUACAGCACGUUCGACGACAAGAUUUACAAGCUCAAAGACUUAACAGUCAAGAGCUUCGUGGACCUAGCUCAUCGGAUAGGGAAAGCUUCUGCCAAGUCGAAAGCCCUAGUAAAAGAUGAUCCCGAGUCUAAUAAAGAAGCGUCCGAGCAAGAGCUUGAGUCGGCAGAUGCGCUCGAAGACUCGGAAUCUGAAGAAGGCGAGGACGGCCUCGAACACAACGACGACGACGAUGAGUUGGACAGUGAGCUCGAGGUCGAAAGAAAGAAGAAACAUAAAGGCCACAAGAAGAAGAAGAAGAAGCAUGGCAAGGGCCGGAAGACAUGGUUGCAUUUCCUCAACCAUGCAUUCGUCAGCACGAGGAGCAAACAGGAGCUUGAAGGUAUGGGUUAG